AUGGUAACCCUCAAGGACCAGCUGAUUGUGAAUCUUCUUAAGGAAGAACAGGUCUCCCAGAACAAGAUUACAUUUGUUGGGGUUGGUGCUGUUGGCAUGGCUUGUGCCAUCAGUAUCUUAACAAAGGACUUGGCAGAUGAGCUUGCCCUUGUUGANGUCAUGGAAGACAAACUAAAGGGUGAGAUGAUGGAUCUCCAGCAUGGCAGCCUCUUCCUUAAAACACCAAAAAUUGUCUCCAGCAAAGACUAUUUGGAUAUCUUGACCUAUGUGGCUUGGAAAAUCAGUGGCUUUCCCAAAAGCCAAGUUAUUGGAAGUGGUUGCAAUCUGGAUUCCACUCAGUUCCGUUACCUGAUAGGAGAAAGGCAGGGGGUUCACCCACUGAGCUGUCAUGGCUGGGUCCUGGGAGAACAUGGCAACUCCAGUGUGCCUGUGUGGAGUGGUGUGAACGUUGCCGGCAUCUCCCUGAAAUCUCUGAACCCAGAACUGGGUACUGAUGCAGACAAGGGGCAGUGGAAGGAGGUUCACAAGCAGGUGGUGGACAGUGCCUAUGAGGUGAUCAAGCUGAAAGGUUUCAUAUCCUGGGCCAUUGGUCUCUCUGUGGCAGACUUGGCCGAGAGCAUAAUGCAGAACCUGAGGCUGGUGCAUCCCAUUUCCACCAUGAUUAAGGGUCUCUAUGGAAUCAAUGAGGAUGUCUUCCUCAAUGUCCCAUGUAUCCUGGGAAAAAAUGGAAUCUCGGAUGUUGUGAAGGUGACACUGACUCCUGAGGAAGAAGCCCGCCUGAAGAAGAGUGCAGAUACCCUCUGGGGAAUACAGAAGGAGCUGCAGUUCUAAAGUCUUCCCAGUGUCCUAGCACUUCACUGUCCAGGCUGCAGCAGGGUUUCUAU